UCUGGCAGCGCGGCCGUGUCAUCAUAACAAACAAGAAAUAAAUAAUAAUAAACAAUUAAUUAUGGCUUCUGAUGGAGAGGAUAUGAAUGUAACACCUGCAGAAUCUCUGGCCUCUGCGACUGACACGGAGGAUGAGGAGCCGCCGUUAAGCCCCAAGCAUCUCUCUGACCAGGAAUCGGAGGAUGACUUGGAAGUUGAGGAGGGGCCAGCCUCGUCCGAAGAAGCUGAUUUGGAUGAGCUGCUCCGACAGCUAGAGGAUUACACGCCCACGAUACCCGAUGCCCUGACGGUCAACAUGCUUAAAUCUGCUGGAUUCGCAAAGGUGGACCCGCAGAUUGUGCGUUUGGUGUCUGUGUCGGCGCAAAAGUUCAUAUCGGACAUAGCCAAUGAUGCACUGCAGCACUGCAAGACCCGCACCACCAACAUUCAGCACUCCAGUGGACACAGCUCCAGCAAGGACAAGAAGAACCCCAAGGAUCGCAAGUAUACAUUGGCCAUGGAGGAUUUGGUUCCAGCUCUAGCCGAUCACGGCAUAACCAUGCGGAAGCCCCAAUACUUUGUUUAGUUUAUUGUACCUAAUAUAUAUGUAUGUAUUUAA